AUGUCAGCGCCUUGGAUCUGCCGCAGCUGCGUUAGAGCUCUGCGACAGUCUCAUAAGCUGCAGAUUGUUCGAUUCUCCUCCAAUGAUGCCGCGUCCACUUCGUCUUCGCUGGCCCCGAGCCUCCUCCGUCGCGCCCAAUCGCUUUCCGCAGAACACGACGACCUCCAGAAGAGCCUCAACAGCUCCUUCGAUGCCGCAAAAGCAAAGCGCGCCGGCGAAUUGGGCCGCGUAGCCUCCGCCCUACGAGACUGGGAAACGGCGCAGUCAUCAAUCGUGGAACUGAAGUCGAUGGCACAAGACCCCGACCAAGAUCCGGAUCUCGCCUCCAUUGCUCGGGACGAACUCGAGGGCGAACGCGCCAAGCUCGAGCUACUGGAGAAGAAGCUCAAAGAAAGCCUGACACCGAAACACGCCUUUGCCCACCUGCCGUGCAUGGUGGAGUUCCGACCGGGGCCGGGAGGUCUCGAGGGGAGAUACUUUACCGAUACGCUGUUCAAAAUGUACAAGGCGCUGUGCGCGCGGCGAGGAUACAGGGCCAACGUGCUCAAGUACGAAAUGGCCGAAGCAGCGGGCGACCAGUCGUCCUCGUCAGGCGAGCAGCCCGUGCAGGAGGCCAUUCUCGAGAUCCAGGACGAGGGCGCCUACGACUUGUUCCGGGGAGAGGCGGGCAUGCACCGCGUGCAGCGGAUUCCGAGCACCGAGAGCAAGGGCCGCGUGCACACGAGCGCCGUUGCGGUAUGGGUUCUGCCAUCCUUUCCCGAAGGCGGCACCGGAGGCGACAAUGUCGACGUCGACGACCCAGAGAGCGACUUUUACAUCAACCCGCAGGACGUCAAGAUCGAGACGAUGCGGGCCAGGGGCGCAGGAGGGCAGCACGUCAACAAGACGGAGUCGGCCAUCCGCAUGACGCACAUCCCGACGGGCACGGUGGUGUCGAUGCAGGACCACCGGUCGCAGCAGCGCAACCGCGAGGACGCGUGGAAGAUGCUGCGGUCGCGCAUUGCCAGCCAGCGUGCGGAACAGCGCGAGGAGGAGGCAGCGCGGCUGAGGAGCAGCGUGCUCUCGCAGGCGCAGAUUACCCGCGGCGACAAGAUCCGGACGUACAACUAUAACCAGGAUAGAUGUACGGAUCAUCGGGCCGGCUUGGAUGUGCACAACUUGCCGGAUGUGCUGGAGGGUGGAGAGACGCUGGACAAGAUCAUGGAGGCGGCGAGGGAGUGGCUAGUGAGUAAGGAGGUCGAGAUGCUGGUCAUGGAGGAGGAAGCCAAGGCGAAGAAGUGAGGGCAGGAUAUAAUGAGGUGUA